UCCAGCAGCAGCAGUAGUGGUAGUAGUUGCACCAGUAGUAGCAGCAGCAGCGGUGGGAGAGGCGGAGAACCUCCAGAAGAAGAAGAAGAAGAAGACGAGGGAGACUCUGAGCGACGAAGGAAGCGAAACGGCAGCGUCAAGCGCGAGAUCGACAUCGAGGAGGGCGCCGUCUUGAUAGCGUCUUGGGAACACACGACGGAUCUCAACGUGCGGCGGAAGGUGUACAGAGAGUUGGACGAGAUCGCCGGCACUGUGCGACAGCGACUCGCGCAGAGCGCGGCGGUGGACGGGGAGGAGGGGACAGCGGUGGUGGCGCGCGGGAAGGAGAUCGAGGGAGUGGACGAAGGCAGGAUUUUGAGCGAGGUCAACACCACCCUGUACGACUACCUCGGGUUCACCGGCAACGUCAACGACUACAUGAAUCCGAACAACAGCCUCAUCGACCAAGUGCUGGAGAAGAGGAUGGGCAUUCCAAUCACUCUGGCUUUGGUAUACGCCGCGGUCUGUCGGCGGCUCGGUAUUCGAAUCGACAUGAUCGGCAUGCCUGGCCACUUCAUGGUCAAAUACACGAACCCAGCCGGGGGAGAGAUUUUUAUCGACGCCUUCGCCGAGGGGCGCCACCUGACGCCAGACGUACUGCUCCUCUUCCCACAAAACUCUCACAAUUAA